AUGUCACUGCGUCAUGGGUGUGGAAUAUUUGUAUUCCUGAGUGUCUGUCUGAUUUCCUUCACAACACCUUGCGAUGGAGGGAACAUUCUGGUGUUCCCUGUAGACGGCAGCCACUGGGUCAACAUGAAGAUCCUGCUAGAAGAACUUCAUGCCAGAGGACACAACAUCACUGUGAUCAGGGCCUCCACCAGCUGGUACAUCGCAGAAAAGUCUCCUCUCUACACCUCCAUUACAAUUGCAAUACCAAUUGAUGAAGGUUUCGAGGACUUUUUUGAUGUCUACCUACAAGAGAAUAUGAGGGCGCAGAGAGAGGGGGCUUCAGCACUUACUUUCCUCAAAAUCACCAAGGAUUUCCUUUCAAUGCUUUCUGAGGCUCAUUUAAUGUGGUCUCAAGCCCUUGUUAAAACCUUUGAUGAUGAGAAUAUGAUCAAAAGCUUGAUGGAUUCCCAAUAUGAUUUUGUUCUCACUGACCCUGCCCUAGCACCAGGGAUUUUACUAGCUAAAUAUCUCAAACUGCCCCUGGUGCUCAAUGUUCGUUGGAUCACCAGCGGAGAAGGCCACUUUGCAAUAGCCCCCUCACCACUCUCUUAUAUCCCAGUGCCAGGAUCGGGCUUAACUGAUAAAAUGAAUUUCAUGCAGCGGAUCAAGAACAUGUUUUUCUACAGCAUCAUACUGUUGCAGCAGAAAUUCAUGCUGGGGCCAAGCUACGAUGCCCUCUGUGAUAAAUAUAUAGAAGGUGGUUGUGAAAUCAUCUCGCUUCUUCAAGAAGCAGACAUUUGGUUGUUCAGGUCCGAUUUUGUGUUUGACUUCCCCCGGCCCACAAUGCCAAAUGUUGUCUACAUAGGAGGGUUCCAGUGCAAACCGGCCCGACCUCUGCCAGCAGACCUGGAGGAGUUUGUUCAGAGUGCUGGGGAGCACGGAGUGAUUAUAAUGAGUCUGGGAACUUUGGUUAACGCUUUGCCCAAAGAUGUUGCAGAUGAAAUUGCCAGCGUCUUUGCUAAGAUGCCUCAGAAGGUGAUAUGGAGGCACAAAGGGGAACGUCCCUCCACUUUGGGCAACAACACUCUGAUAGUGGACUGGAUGCCACAGAACGACCUCCUGGGCCACCCACAGACCAAAGUCUUUGUAGCUCACGGAGGAACCAAUGGAGUCCAGGAAGCCAUUUACCAUGGUGUCCCUGUGCUUGGCAUACCCUUGUUCUUUGACCAAUAUGACAACCUCCUACGUUUGCAGGAGAGAGGAGCUGGAAAGAUCAUUGAGUUAGUUGAUGUUAACGGCCACAGUUUUGAACAAGGUCUCAAGGAAGUGCUCCAUCAAGACAGCUACAGACUGAACAUGCAAAGACUCUCACGUCUGCACAGAGAUCAGCCAAUACCACCCAUGGAUCGGGCCAUCUUCUGGGUGGAAUAUGUGAUGCGCCACAAAGGGGCUCCACACCUGCGUACAGAGGCUUAUAAGAUGCCCUGGUACUCAUACUACUGUUUAGAUGUAGUGGUACUAUUGCUGACCGUAGCAACUGGACUGCUGCUCUCUGCUUUGGCCUUUUUCAGGUUUCUCUGCUGCAGCAGAAGAAGAAAGACCAAAGCCAAGCAACACUAG